UUCCUCACGCCGACGGAGAAGAAGCACAACACAAGGAGCCCGACACCGAGACACAGUGUGCGCGUGAUUUUCUUUUUUUUUCUUCCCCCAAAACCAACACCAACGUUACAGACAUUUACGGGAUUUUUGGAAGAAAGUGAGAAGAAGACGGCUUUAGAAACGGGAAGCGAGCAGCAGGCGGGCGCCGCUGCGCAGUCGCCCUCAGCUCAGCAUCCUCCGUCUGCAUCUCCUUCUCAUCCUCCCCUUGUUUGCCGCUGCGCUUUCACAACACUCCCCAUCCUCAAUAUCCACACUAAGUGAGAGCCGCAAGCUGCGCACUUUUCUUGUUUUUUUUUUCCUAUUUUUCCUGCCCUAGUCGGAGUUUUGAACCCCGUUCCCAUAGCUGCUGGAAGUGGACCGCAAAACAGCUGGCUGGACUCUGUAGUUUUUCGUCUUCACGACGCGGGCGGAUCACCGAGGGGACCAAAGCGCGGACUCGAGAAGACUGGAAAUAAUUUAUCCCUCUCACAUCGACGUGCCGCAUGGUGGGAAUUUCUGCCUCUUUUCAGUAUCGCACUGGGAAGCGCUCCACAAUGCCCGACUCACCUGCGGACGUCAAGACACAGUCCAGGUUAACCCCCCCUACCAUGCCACCCCCACCCAGUAUGCAGGGAGCACCCCGCAACAGCUCCUACACGCCCACCACAUUAACCAAUGGCAGUACCCACUCUCCGACAGCCCUCAACGGCGCUCCGUCUCCUCCCAACGGCUACAGCAACGGUCCCAGCUCCUCCUCAUCGUCCUCGCUGGCCAACCAGCAGCUGCCGCCGGCCUGCGGCGCCCGGCAGCUCAGCAAGCUAAAGCGUUUCCUCACGACGCUCCAGCAGUUCGGGAAUGACAUCUCACCUGAAAUUGGCGAGCGAGUCCGCACAUUAGUGCUGGGGCUGGUGAAUUCCACAUUAACCAUCGAGGAAUUCCACUCCAAACUCCAAGAAGCCACCAACUUCCCCCUGCGACCUUUUGUCAUACCCUUUCUAAAGGCCAACCUGCCGCUGCUUCAGCGGGAGCUGCUGCACUGUGCCCGGCUCGCCAAGCAGAACCCGGCUCAGUACCUGGCCCAGCACGAACAGCUGCUCCUGGACACCAGCACCACGUCUCCGGUGGACUCCUCCGAGCUCCUGCUGGACGUCAACGAGAACGGCAAGAGAAGGACGCCAGACAGAACCAAAGAGAAUGGCUUUGAGCGAGACGGCGCCCUGCACCCAGAUGUCCACCCGAGCAAACGACCCUGCACUAUAAGCCCCGCCCAGCGCUUCAGCCCGUCCAAUGGGAUCUCCUAUCAACCCAACGGCCUACAGCACCCCGGCCCGCUCCCGCCGCAGCACUACAGGCUAGACGACAUGGCCAUCGCCCAUCACUACCGCGACACCUACAGACACCCCUCGUCUAAUCACCGGGAGAUCCGGGACAGAGCCAGGCCCAUCGGGAUGCAUGCAGGGACACGGCAGGAGGAAGUGAUUGACCACAGGCUGACGGACAGGGAGUGGGCUGAGGAAUGGAAGCACCUUGACCAUGUAAGAAAACUGCUGAACUGCAUCAUGGACAUGGUGGAGAAGACGCGGCGCUCGCUGACGGUGCUGCGGCGGUGCCAGGAGGCCGACCGCGAGGAGCUCAAUUACUGGAUCAGGAGAUACAGCGAUGCAGAAGAGCUGAAGAAGGGAGCCGCCAGCGGGCAGUCGAGGCAGCAGAGCCCCGCAGCACAGGAGAACGCAACAUCAGAAAUUCACAGGGAGCUGCUGCAUCGGCCCGUCUCCGGAUACGUCCCUGAGGAGGUCUGGAAGAAAGCCGGUCCCGGAGGCUUGACUUCCUCUGUGUCUGCACUCUUUCCAGAGGAGGCGGUGAAUGAGGUGAAGCGUCAGGCGAUGUCAGAGCUGCAGAAAGCCGUGUCAGAGGCCGAGCGCAAGGCGCACGAGAUUAUCACCAGCGAACGGGCCAAGAUGGAGCGCACGGUCGCCGAGGCCAAGCGCCAGGCAGCAGAGGAUGCACUGUCCAUCAUCAACCAGCAAGAGGACUCCAGUGAGAGCUGCUGGAACUGCGGUCGUAAAGCCAGCGAGACGUGCAGCGGCUGCAACACGGCGCGCUACUGCGGCUCGUUCUGCCAGCACAAGGACUGGGAGAAGCACCACCACGUCUGCGGUCAGACCCUUCAGGCCCAGCAGCAGCAGCAGCAGCAGCAGCAGCAGUCCAGCCAGCAGCAGGGAGGCGUGCCGGGAUCGGAGACCCCGGCUCCCGUCAGCUCCUCCGCCUGCACCCCGAGCAGCGGGACCGGGAGCCCCGCCGCGACCCCGCCUGCUGCCACCCCGCGCUCCUCCACCCCCAGCACCCCGUCCUCCUCUGCCCUUGACGGCACACCACGCUAAGAGACUCGCGCAGCAGCCACCAGGUGGAACCGCCAGCCCCCACGGACUCACGAGCAGCACGCCUGUCGACGGUGCCGCCGCGCAAAAACAUGCUCCAACCA